AUGGUCAAGUCAUACUUAAAGUAUGAGCAUAGCAAGUCCUUCGGCAUUGUCGCAUCCAACACAUCAAACCUCGUCUGGGCCCCCCUAGGCAGAGCUGGUAGUGGCACCGGCCAGGCAAUUGUAGCUGCGAACGAGGAUGUUUUGUGCUGGGAUAUCAAGAAGGGCGAGCUUUUGAGUAGGUGGCGCGACGAGAGAAACAACGUACCCGUCACUGCGAUCGCGCAGAGCAAGGUUGACACGGAUGUGUUCGCGGUCGGAUACGAGGAUGGAAGCAUUCGGCUGUGGGAUAGCAAGAUCGCGACGGUGAUUGUCAACUUCAACGGACACAAAUCAGCCAUCACGACGCUGGCAUUCGAUAAGUCGGGCGUGCGACUGGCCAGCGGCUCCAAGGACACCGACGUCAUUCUCUGGGAUCUCGUGGCUGAAGUUGGCCAGUUCAAGCUGAGGGGGCACAAGGACCAAAUCACUGGGUUGCAAUUCGUCGAGCCAGAAGGACAGGUUGAGGAUGAGGAAAACAUGGCAAUGCUGGACAGCGAUCCGUCUGCCGAGGGUUACCUCCUUACCACAGGUAAGGACUCUUUGAUCAAGCUCUGGGACUUGUCCUCGAGGCAUUGCAUCGAGACGCACAUCGCACAAACGAAUGGCGAGUGCUGGGCUCUGGGACUCUCCCCCGACUACAGCGGGUGCAUCACGGCCGGAAAUGAGGGAGAACUUAAGGUCUGGUUUCUGGACACGACGGCACUCGCCGCGUUGAAGGGCCAGGUUGACGCGCCGCAAGACACCAAAUUCUUGCACGACAGAGGGACACUAUUCCGCCAACAUAAGGACAAGGCCGUGGAGGUGGUUUUCCACCCGCGAAGAGACUAUUUUGCAGUCCAUGGCACGGAAAAGGCGGUGGAGGUGUGGCGCAUCAGAUCCGAAGCCGAAGUGAAGAAGUCUUUGGCCAGAAAGAGGAGGAGGAGACGUGAAAAGGCUGGCAAGGAGGCGAAGGAGGUUGGCGAUGGCGCGGCUGAGGGCGACGAGCAAGCUGAUGACAUCUCCACCGCGGAGGCCAGUGACUUUUUCAUUCGGUACGUCAUCGUCCGGACGGGCGGUAAGGUGCGGUCAGUCGAUUGGGCUGUCAACGGUGGCAGCAAGGAGGUUCACUUGCUGGCCGGUACGACAAACAACCAGCUCGAGCUCUACAGCAUACCCACGAAAGAAGGUUCGAAGUCGAAAAAGGAAGACGUGCCCGAGUAUACGCGGUCGUUGGCAGUAGAACUCCCGGGACACAGGACAGACAUCCGCGCCGUGUCGCUCAGCUCCGACGACAAGAUGCUGGCCACGGCCGCCAACGGAAGUCUCAAGAUCUGGAACAUCAAGACGCAAGCGUGUAUUCGAACGUUUGAGUGCGGCUAUGCCCUGUGCUGUGCAUUCCUGCCCGGAGACAAGGUGGUUGUGGUGGGAACCAAGACAGGCGAGCUCGAGCUCUUCGACGUCGCUUCCGCAAGCCUUCUCGACAGCGUCUCAGCGCACGAUGGCGCUGUCUGGUCAUUACAAGUGCACCCGGACGGUCGAUCCGUGGUGUCCGGCAGUGCAGACAAAUCGGCCAAGUUCUGGGAUUUCAAGAUUGUCCAAGAGGAGGUUCUGGGCACCACUCGCACAACACCAAAACUGAAGCUCGUCCAGUCCAGGACCCUCAAGGUGUCAGACGACAUCCUGUGUGUGAGGUACUCCCCUGAUGCCAAGUACAUUGCCGUCUCCCUCCUCGACAACACCGUCAAGGUCUUCUUCACCGAUAGCCUCAAGCUCUAUCUUAAUCUGUACGGCCACAAGCUCCCCGUCCUGAGCAUGGACAUAUCCUACGACAGCAAGCUCAUCGUCACGAGCUCCGCCGACAAGAACAUCAGGAUAUGGGGCCUCGACUUUGGCGACUGCCACAAGGCCCUCUUCGGUCACCAGGACUCCAUCCUGCAGGUGGCAUUCGUCCCGCACAACUCGGACGGAAACGGCCACCACUUCUUCAGCAGUUCCAAGGACCGUGUCAUCAAGUACUGGGAUGGCGACAAAUUCGAGCAGAUUCAGCGCCUCGACGGCCAUCACGGUGAGGUCUGGGCCAUGGCCGUCGGCCACACAGGGAACUUCCUCGUCACUGCCGGCCACGACAAGUCCAUUCGCGUGUGGAACGAGACAGACGAGCAGAUCUUCCUCGAGGAGGAGCGGGAGAAGGAGAUCGAGGAGCUCUACGAAAAGACGCUCACCACCUCGCUCGAACGCGACCAGGACGCUGAGGACCAGGACGGCGAGGUUGGCGCCGCCUCGAAGCAGACUGUCGAGACCCUCAUGGCCGGCGAGCGCAUCGCCGAGGCCCUCGAGAUUGGCAUCGCCGAUCUCAGUCUCCUCAAGGAGUGGGAGGACGCCAAGAAGUCGAACCCGCACGCACCCGCGCCGCAGCGCAACCCCAUCUUCCUCGCCCUCGGCAACAUUACUGCCGAGGCGUACGUUAUGAGCGUGCUGAGCAAGAUCCGGGCUUCGGCGCUGCACGAUGCGCUCCUCGUGCUGCCUUUCUCGACUGUGCCAAUGCUCUUUACCUUCCUCGACCUCUUCGCUCAGCGAUCCAUGAACAUUCCGCUGACGUGCCGCAUCCUCUUCUUCAUGCUCAAAACGCACCACCGCCAGAUCGUCGCCAGCCGUACCAUGCGCGGCAUGCUCGACGGCAUCCGUGCCAACCUGCGCGCUGCGCUCAAGCGCCAGAAGGAUGAGAUGGGCUUCAACAUCGCCGCGCUCAAGGUCGUUGGCAUGCAAAUUCAAGAGAAGAGCGUCAAGGACUACGUCGAUGAGAACUGGGAUGGCGGUGACGACAGCCGAACCGUCAAGAAGCGAGCCUUUGUACAGGUUUCGUGA